GUGUUUUUCAGUACUUAAGUGAAAUGUUCAAAACUAAAAUAAAGUGAAAAUGUCUGGUCGUGGUAAAGGUGGCAAAGUUAAGGGAAAGGCAAAGUCCCGUUCCAAUCGUGCUGGUCUUCAAUUCCUCGUCGGUCGUAUCCAUUGUGCCGGUGCUCCCGUCUAUUUAGCCGCUGCCAUGGAAUAUUUGGCUGCUGAAGUCUUGGAAUUGGCUGGCAAUGCUGCCCGUGACAACAAGAAGACUCGUAUCAUUCCCCAUCACUUGCAAUUGGCCAUCAGUAACGACGAAGAAUUGAACAAAUUGCUGUCUGGCGUUACCAUUGCCCAAGGUGGUGUAUUGCCAAACAUCCAAGCUGUUCUCUUGCCCAAGAAGACCGAAAAGAAAGCCUAAAUUAUCUCGAAAGAAGGUAUUAUAGAAUGAAGGAGAAGAAGAAUACAGACCAUCGUAUAAUUCCAUACAAAGCUU